AUGGAAACAAACUCAACACUUUUAGAAGAAGAUGACUCGACGUUUUUCUCAAUUGCAGCUAUUCUUGACUCAAUUGAGGGUUCAGAGUCAUUUGCAUGGAUCAGGACUAAUUUGAGACAUCUUUUACCCGUGUUCUGCUUUAUUGGAAUUCUUGGAAAUUCGAUGGCUCUGAUACUGAUAAGAACCAACUUCUGGCUGAAACGUCUCACUUCUAACAUCUACUUGUGUACAUUAUCAGUAUCUUCUUGUUGUUUUCUUCUUACUGUAAUCGUCUCCUGGGCUGACACUUAUCUCGGAUUGCCUUUGUUCUCCGAAUCAGAAUUCGGAUGCAAAUUCGUCUCGUUUCUUGCCCAUUUCAGUGAUUUCAUCUGUGUCUGGAUGAUUUCUCUUAUUUCAUGCGAUCGAAUGAUUGUACUGUAUCGACCGAGUAUCCGAAAAUGGGUGUGCACAAAAAAGUUUGCUCGAAACAUGACGAUUGGAUUCGUUUUGUGUUCAAUGAUACUCUACAGUUGGUUGUUUGUACUUGCGGGAUUACAGAUGUUCAAAACAGCUGAUGGAGUUGAAAAACCAUUCUGUGGGCUCAGUGAAGAUGUCAAUCUGUUUGGGUACCAAGUGGAUCAACACUAUUUUAUGUUCACAUUAAUGGAUACUGCCCUCUGCACCCUUCUCCCUGCGAUUCUCAUCAUCAUAGUCAACACUUUCUCCACAUACCGCUAUCGUCAAUGCAUGAAAAUCUACUCAUCCGGAGUUCUGCGUGUCCGUUUUGUUCGUGCUCCGACAACGCAACAGCAACAACAGCAACUCAACAACGAUACCAUUCAAUUUGAGGAGACAACAGUCAAGAAGUAUCUUCUGAGCACUGAUAACACAAAUUCAAGUGUUCCAACCAGUUCAACUCAAUCUCGAAACUGUGGAAAACUUCGGAGUUCCGAUCUUCAAUUGAGCAGAACUCUCAUUAUUGUCACAAGUACAUUCGUUCUAUUAAAUGUUCCGAGUUAUGCAAUGCGUAUUCUCCAAUCGAUAGUCGGUUCGACCGGAUCACUUUUCAAUUUUGUCUAUUACAUCACCUAUCUCAUCUACUAUUUGCACCAUGCUGUUCUAUUCUACAUGUACAUUUUCUGGAGCCCUCAAAUGAAGAAACAACUCAAACCAACUGCCAUGCGUCUUUUGGAAUGUUAUUGCCUGAAAACGGUUCCAGACUUCGGACAUCGUUCUACUUCUACUCAAGGUUAG